AUGUUGCUCGUGUUCAUGGUGGAUAUGCUAUGUGUUUUAUGCAAGUUCAGGAUAAGGUUAUUUGAGGAUGUCGACACGGGAGGAUAUCAAGCCUCAAAGGAUGAUAUCACUGUUCAUGCAGCUCUUUCAAAGCCUCCAUCGUCUGAGUAUGUGAAUGUGUCUCGGUGGUACAAUCACAUUGAAGCACUUUUAAGGAUUUGUUCCCAUCCUCUUUGUGUACAUCAAAUUGUUCCUUUCUGGAAUGCAGUGGUGUUUCUGGAGAAAGUUGUGGUGUCACCAUUGAGGGAUCUGCUCCAGUUAUUGAAGAGGCUGUUUGCAACUUCUGCUGUUGCUGACACUAAUAUAAUCUGCCUCAACAUAGUUGCUGGGCCUACUAGUUAUUGUGGAAAAUAUUGUUCUCUGUCUGGAAAGUCUUCUGUUCUAAUGGAUGUGAAGCCAUGGGAUGAUGAGACUGACAUGAAAAAACUUGAAGAGGCAGUUAGAGGCGUUCAGAUGGAAGGAUUACUUUGGGGAGCUUCCAAACUUGUGCCUGUUGGGUAUGGUAUCAAGAAAAUGCAGAUUAUGUUAACAAUUGUGGAUGACUUGGUGUCUGUUGACAAUCUCAUUGAGGGAUCAUCUCACGGCUGA